AUGUUCUCUCGACGAAGCCUGAUUGCCCUAGGGCUCGUGGCCACGGCCACCGCUGGUCCCUGUGAUAUCUAUGCCGAUGGCGACACCCCCUGUGUUGCUGCGCACAGCACCACUCGUGCCUUGUACAGUUCCUUCUCUGGUGCCCUCUAUCAGGUGAAGCGUGGUUCAGAUAAUGAGACUACCACCAUCUCGCCGCUGUCCGCCGGCGGUGUCGCGGAUGCCGCUGCCCAAGACACCUUCUGUGCCAACACCACCUGCCUCAUCACCGAAAUCUAUGACCAGUCCGGCAACGAGAAUCAUCUCACCCAGGCCCCUCCUGGUGGUUUCGAUGGCCCGGAUGUCGACGGCUAUGACAACUUGGCCAGUGCCAUUGGUGCCCCUGUCACCCUGAACGGCCAGAAGGCAUACGGCGUCUUCGUCUCACCCGGUACCGGCUACCGCAUCGACAAGGGCAACGGCGUUGCCACCGGGGAUGAGGCAGAGGGCAUGUACGCCGUCCUGGACGGUACCCACUACAACGGAGAGUGCUGCUUCGACUACGGCAAUGCCGAGACUAGUAACACCGACACGGGUGCCGGCCACAUGGAGGCCAUCUACCUUGGCAACAGCACCGCCUGGGGCUAUGGUGCCGGCGACGGUCCUUGGCUCAUGGUCGACAUGGAGAACAACCUGUUCUCCGGUGCCGACGAGGGAUACAACUCGGGCGACCCGAGCAUCUCCUAUCGCUUCCUCGCGGCUGCCGUCAAGGGUGGCCCUGACGAGUGGUCCAUCCGCGGUGCCAACGCCGCGUCCGGGUCCCUCUCGACUUACUACAGUGGCGUGCGUCCCGACUACACGGGCUACAAUCCCAUGAGUAAGGAGGGCUCCAUCAUUCUGGGUAUCGGUGGCGAUAACAGCAACGGCGCUCAGGGUACCUUCUACGAGGGCGUCAUGACCUCGGGCUACCCGUCCGAUGCCACUGAAAAUUCGGUCCAGGCCAACAUCGUCGAUGCUGGAUACGCCGUCACGUCGCUGACCAGCGGACCCACGCUCACAGCAGGAGACACCAUCUCCCUGCGCGUCACCACCCCGGGCUACACGACCCGCUACAUCGCCCACACUGACACCACCGUCAACACCCAGGUUGUCUCUUCGUCCAGCAGCACCACUCUCCAGGAGGAGGCCAGCUGGAAGGUGGUCACCGGUCUGGCCUACAGCGGUUGCUUCUCCUUUGAAUCCUUCCACGAGGAUGCCACCUUCUGCCCGCAGGCUGCUCUCAACGGAGAGGGCACCUCGCUUCGCUCCUGGAGCUAUCCUACCCGCUACUUCCGUCACUUUGAUGAUGUGCUGUAUGCGGCCAGCAACGGAGGCGUUCAGACAUUUGAUGCUACUGCGUCGUUCAACAAUGACGUGAGCUUUGAGAUUUACACUGGGUUUGCUUGAGCACCAGAGUGCCACUGAUAGUAUGUAAAUAGACAUUAUUGGUGGUACGUAG